AUGACUGCCGUCACGAAAGAGGCCGAAGAGUUGGACAAAUCGCGCAAACAUUUGUCACUUCUUCGCGAAGAAUACGUAAAACUGCAGCAAAAGUAUUGCGAUUUGGAGAAGAAGUACAACCUAUUGAACGCUUCCUCCGGAGUGGUGGACGACAACUCAUUCGUCUCGCGAUUGGUCCGCAAUGUGGCCAACCUUUUUGACAAAGACUUGUACUCCGAUCUGACCAUUAAACUCAAUGGCAGUUCAGUGAAGGGCCAUAAGUUUGUGCUGUCGGCCCGAAGCGACGGUUGGGAUCAGUUGGACCACUGCUCCGAACUCGACUUAACGCAUGUGAACCCAGAGGUGGGCUUUCACUUCGUCCGAUGGCUCUAUACGGACGCCAUUGACUUCAGUCACCGCAACGAAGACUUCAUACUGGAUGUGAUGCGCGCCGGGAAGCGCUUCGACUUGAAUCCGUUGGUAGAGCUCUGCGAACAGACACUCAUGUCGUUCGUGAAUGUCUCCAAUUGUGUCCAAUUCUAUCAGACGGCCGACGAGAUCGGCGCCGAAACGCUGAAGAAUCACUGCUCGGAACUGGUGUCCAAUCAUUGGGACGACUUCACGAGCGACGACUUUGUCUCGAUGUCCGCCCCGUUGUUGUACGCGAUGUUUAAAACGAAGACCGAAUACCCGUUGCAUACAGCGAUUCGGAUCAAGAGAGAGGACGUCUUGUUCUUAUAUUUGAUUGAAUUCGACGCCCAAUUAGUGGUCAAACUGAACGAAACCGAUAGAGCGGGUGAACUGCCCCUCCAUUUGGCGCUGAAGACCAAACAGGAGGACAUCGCCCGCACACUGGUCUCCCAUAAGGCCAAUGUGAACGCCGCCGACGCUAACGGCCAGACACUACUCCACAGAGCCAUCCAACGAGACGACCACUUCUCGGCCCACUUUCUCGUCAAGAAUAACGCGUCGGUCGAUACGCCCGACUCCGUGGGCGACGUUCCCCUCCAUCUGUGCGCCGAUAAGGCCAACAGCGACGGUAUGUCUAGAAUCGCGCGCAAUCUCUUGGACUCCGAGGCCGACCCCAACUUCCAGGACUCCAACGGCAACUCCGCCCUUCACAGAGCCGUUAUGUCGCUAAACAAAGAGGUGUUUGACAUACUAUUAGAACAGCCGAAGAUUGCUAUUGAUUUAAGAAACAAAAAGCAUUCGACGAGUUUUGCCAUAGCGUUGACCAAAUUGGCCGAAAACGAGUCAUUCGCCCGGGAAUUGGUCCGAAGGGACUGUUCUAUUGACUCGAUUAAUCCCGAGACCAGCGACUCAUUACUGCACGCGUGCGCCCGAGUGGGUAAUGAAACGGCCGGACUCUUCCUGACCGGCAAUGGGGCCAAAAUUAAUCUGACCAAUAGUCGGGGCGAAUCACCCCUACAUAUCGCCGCCGCUAACGGUCUCUCUGGUCUGGUCUCGGCUUUACUCGAAAAAGGCGCGAACUGCAAUCUCCAGACGUCUCCGCUAUCGUUCGCCGAAUCGAUGUCAUCGCCCGAAGCGGAACAGGUGUUCAAUCAGACGCCACUCCAUUUGGCGAUCGUCGGCGGCCACGAG